AUGAACGACGACGAUUCAAUCGAUCUGCGUUACUGGCCAAAUCUUCUUGUUCGCAUAUCACAACUACUUGUCACCGUUACCAAUAUGCGACGGUUUUUUCGAGAUCAAAAUAAUAUUAAUGCAAUAGCAAACAUUCUUCUCUUUAAAUUUUCAUGA